AUGUGGCAUUUGAGGGGAACAUCGCAUGAUGGGCAGGAUUUGGCUACAAGGGCGCAGAGAGCAGGUCAGGCAAAACGACCACGCGUGCCACCUCCGGAGUCCGCGUUUCAGGUCGCCCGGGGCCGUCGCCGUCAUCCGUCCGUGAUUACCUCGGGUUGCAGCCGUUCGCGGGCAUCCUCCUCUCUCUGGUCCUCGACCUCAGCGGCUCUCCGAGGCGGCCCCACUGCCCCGGAGGCACCCGGGGAGACGCGGUGCCCAGGACCAGGCGGGAGGGACGCGCGGGUGGCCCCUUCCCUCGCGCGCCCGGGGUCCCAGCAGACGGAGCUGGUGGGUGACUCGCUCUCGUCCGGGAGCUCGGGAGGCGCUGGGCAGGAAGGGCUGCGGAGCGAGCGGGCGGGCGUGCCGGGGACUCCCGGGCUCGCUCCGGCGCGACCCACGGACAGGACGACCGCGCCCGGCCGCGCCGCCGCUGGUCUCACGCCGCCUCCCCGGGCGGGCGUCGCCGCCUCCCGCUCCCGGCCCGCGCGCGCUCGCCCGGGGGAGGGGCUGGAGCGCGAAGUCCUUCUAUCCGCUGGCGUCCGCCCGGGCAGCACAACCGAUCAGGCUGUACCGGCCUCGGCGAGGAAAUCCCGUGCGCCCGGCCGCGGCCGGCCAGUUCCGGUGGCCGGUUGGGUUUGGGUGGUGGCGGCCUCCCAGUGUGCGCCCAGGUCUCGCCUCUGGGGAAGCAGGUCCGAGCUCCCGAGGCGGCGCCUGGAGGGUGGGGCGCUUCCAUGCUGCACCAUGCAGGAUGCGCGGUCCUCUCCCGCCGAGCUCCUCUCAGCAGCGCUGGACGAAGCUGUAACCUGGGAGUUUCCUCUGUUCGCCAGCUUUCUGAAAGGCCAUGUGUUCCAUCUCUUCCAGACAAGUGAAAGGCCAGCUGUUGGAAGGACAUUUUGGAUAAAAGAAGGCCAAAGUUCUUGAGAGAUUUAUAUUUUGGAUGGAG